GAUUGUCAAUUACCGCACUACAGUGGAAUGGAUCCGAAAAGCAUGCCAAUCCUGAAGUCAGAAUCGAUCUCGCCACAAGCUCCACUCUCCACCAGUCACCCGUCAUCCACCUAUCGUGACUUCUUGAUACCUGCUGCUACGUCGGCAUAUCAACAUCCAAUGCACGGCUUUCUUACAGGGUAG